UACCUAUACAUUCCAGAUGGCAGUACUCCAUGUUUCCACCUGUCAUUAUAUUGGGUUUGGAUUAAAUUUAAUCUAUUCUAUGCCGGUAUAGCUAUAGGUAAUAGCUAUUAUUUAUAAAGCUAUAUUAUGCCGUUUGUAUAUUUUAUAAUAAAAACAGGAACCGGAAAUAAGUUUACGGUUAACAGUUUUAAAUAUGUUCAUUCUGAUUUCGAGUUAGGUAUGUAUGCUGUAAUAUAAUUAUAUAGUUCGAUACCUAUACGACAUUACGACCUUCCAGCUGGGUACUACAAUCUGCGCAUCAUUGCAGUGUUUCAAGUGUAGCCAACGAAUGAACGACAACAUUUUACUAUUGUUAAAAUAUAUCGUGGAGUGUUAAAAUUGGAUAGUUACUAUAGUUAGCAUAAAAACCUUCAUUAUGUGAAAUUAAAUUGUAUAAUGAUUAUAGGUAUAUCAUGUGGAAUUCAGAAGGAAAAACACUGAAUGAAAAUAAUAGUGCACACUGUAAAACAAUAUUCAAACAAACUUUUAAAUUUACCAAAGAUAUACCAGAACAAAGAAUUUCACCUGAAGGAUUUUUAAUACGAGACUGCGGUUGCGUCAUGAGAUUUUUACCUAAUUUAGAUAACAAAUUGAAUAAGAAUAAGUUACAGCUUGCAACCAUUAACAAGAAUCAAAAUCAAAAAAACAUCAGUUAUACUCACCAUCGUAAUAAUUUAAAUCAUACAAAAGUUAUUUCAGCAGAAAUGUAUCAAUCAACAUUUUGGAUGGAACCAAGAAUAGUCCCUGUUAAGUAUACUACUGAACUAAAUUUCAACUUAGAAUCACCCAUAAGAAAAUUUACAGAAACAAUUGACUUACAGAUGAAAUUAGUUGCUUGUCCAUAUAUUCAGCAAAUUGGAACUACAAAACGUUUUAAAACAUCAAUCGAGACAAAAAUCCAAUCAGAAUAUACACUACCACUGGAUACUACUAUUUAACUUAAUAAUUGCAUAUUUAAUGUUAAAUUACCAAUAGUCGACAUUAAAUAUCAAACCAGUAGAACUAUUUAUAUGUAAUCUAAAUAAUCUAUAAGGGAUAUAUUAUUAAACAUUAUUUUAACAUAUAAUAAACAGAGACAGUUAACACAAUAUAAUAAUUAAUAUAUUAUUAAAAAUAAAUAAACCGGUAGCAUUAUUAACAAAAUUAUAUAUUAAAAACUAAAUAAAAUAAUUAUAUUUAUUGCGGA